UCUAUAUCGAAAAUUGAUUUCAUCGCAAUGAUAAUUAUCGGUUAUCUAUUUUUUAACGCGCGCCCAGGAUGGACGCUCGCGCGACACGUCACUGCGUAGAUUCUCGUACACAUCCAAACGGAAGCGCUAUUGAUUUUCCGCGCGACGCUUUCGACGUCGGUGCGCACGUUUGCACGCACACGCACACACGCGCGCGCGGAGGGCGCGCGCUUCGUUUUCGUCCGCGAGAUCGUCGAAAAUUCGCGUCGAUCCGAGAGAGAGAGAGAGAGAAAGAAACUUGAAGGGAGAAAAAAGGAGCGUGAAAAGAAAAGAGGAAAAAAAAAUACAGUCACGCUAGUCGCGACGAAAGUCCGAGCGGGAAUCGACCUCGUUGUUAGUCCGCACGUAAAAGUGACGUAAGACCGACCGUCGUGAAUUUGACAGUCGCGCGCCGCGACGGGCAGCGGGUCAGGGGGUUGACGUUCGGGGAGGCGCGCUCCGCGCUAGUUUGCCGCGUCGGUCGGUUCGUCGCGAUUCGUGACAGGCGUGUAAUCGACGAGGGAGAAAGAGAGACGGAACGAGGGACGAAAGGAAGCGUCGUCCUCCCUCCGUUCGUGUCCGAGUGUACUCGCCGCCGCCGGAGUACCGGACGCACGAACGUACGCACGCACGCACGUACGCACGCACGCAUACGAGAACGCGCGAGUGACAGCCGCGAGGAAACGAUCGUCGAGCGAGCUUCCCCGUCGUCCGUGUGCGGUCGUCGGGCGAUCGAACGGGGUUCCGGAGCCGAGGAGGGAAACUUCCAGGGUCUUCGGCCGCAGCAGGUCGAGUGGUGAUCGGGGGUUGCGAGGAAAAGAGUGAUCGUCUCGUACACAUACACCUCUCGCUCCCCGUCCCUUCCCCUCCCGCGCCCACCCGUUCACCCCCCCUUCCCCCGUCGUCUACCUCGCUCUCUUCGUGCGCAAGGGACCCCGAGCGUCGGGGGUUUACGUUGCCGGGACGGCAGAUGUCAGGAUGCCGGAGCAGAGCAACGACUAUCGUGUGGUCGUUUUCGGGGCGGGCGGUGUCGGCAAGAGUUCCCUCGUGUUGCGUUUCGUGAAAGGAUCCUUCCGCGAGUCCUACAUACCGACCAUCGAGGAUACUUAUAGACAGGUGAUAAGUUGCGACAAAAAUAUAUGCACACUUCAAAUUACGGACACAACGGGGUCCCAUCAGUUUCCCGCUAUGCAGCGGCUUUCUAUAAGCAAGGGUCACGCCUUCAUCUUGGUGUACUCGGUAUGCUCACGGCAAAGCCUCGAGGAGCUACGACCGAUUUGGGCCGUGAUAAGGGAGCUUAAGGGCCAGGAUAUCUCGCAGAUACCCAUCAUGUUGGUCGGGAACAAGUGCGACGAGAGCCCGUCGGUGCGCGAGGUGUCGAUGAGCGAGGGCGCGGCCGAGGCGGCUAAUUGGGGCUGCGGCUUCCUGGAGACCUCGGCCAAGACGAAUCACAACGUGGAUGCCCUGUUCCGAGACUUGCUCACCCUCGAGAAGAACCGCUCGGUGUCGUUACAGCCGGUGCAGAGCAACAACGCUAUAAGACUCAAGGAGAAGUGUGCCGUUAUGUAAAAUCCGUCACGCUCAUCCGCGUUGUAUCGCGAACGACGCACCGCAUCACGCGAUGAUUCUCGGCGAGGUACCUCUGUAUAUUCGUUCUGGGGAUCGUUACUUUUUCGAGACCCUCGCCGAUCCGAUCUGAUAAUCUCAAUAAACGACGGGACGACUUAUUAGCGAUUUAAAUUCCCUGCGACGACUUCCGUCUAUCGAGAACCCGUUAAAGUUUACCGUAUGACGUAUCGUAUUCAAGUUACAAAGGCGAAACUUAGAAACGAAAAUAUCUCCGCGAAACUUCGAAUUCUAGAAAUAAUUUUCUAAGAAUCCUCUCGAGAGAGAGAUUUAGAAUUUCGAAUUCUAUAAGAACGAUUCUGGAUUAAUUUAAUGGUUUAAUUCGUCCGGCGAGAGGAGGGCGAGUAUUUUUAUUCGAACGAAGGCAAGUUACUCGAAUACGUGUGCGCGUUGCUCGUCGAUAGGGGAGGUGUGUGCGAGAAGCUUCUUUUAGUUUAAGUUUAAUACUUUACGCAGGGUAGAUUAUUCGAUCCGCGUAUGAUUUUUUUUGUACCCGAUGAUAACAAAUUAUUCGCGUUUCCGCUCUUAUUUUUCUCGACUUCACCACGGAAAUCGUCCCGCGGUAAUCUCGAUCUGCAACGAGCGUAAUCGACAAAUGCGACGUCACUUUUUUUUUUUCAUUAUCUUCGAAAAUAAGUCGCGUGUUUCGCGAGUUCUGUUCUGGCACGGG